AUGUCGCUUGGGUGUAAGUCGUUGCCGCGCACCGCGACUGCGGUGCGGCCGGUGCUGCGUAGCACCUCUUGGUCGUUGAUCGUGUCGGUGGUCGUAGUGUCCUUGCCGCCAGCACAAAAGUCCAUGUCUUUCGUAGCAAGGGCCGCGAAACGGUUGUGGGAAACGGCGUUGAGCUGCGAUGAGGCCGAGGCCAUCUUCGGCGAUGAGGAGUCGAGCGUUGAGCCGGGCCGGGCGGCCGACGCAGUUGCGCGUCCCCGCCCUAGCGAGUGUGGAAAGCCCGUCGCCACCUCGCAGCCCCCGAGAGUCCGAGUAAACGCUGUUCCCGAAGAUGCGGAGCACGGUGCCUGGCCCUGGAUGGCGGCAUUGCACUUGAAUGCGCCGUCGCCAACCACAAGUCACUUUUGCGAUGGCGUCCUCAUUGGAGAAAGUCACGUGCUUACAGCCGCGCACUGCAUUGAUGCCAAGCUUUCCAGUGAAGUUCGAGUCCAUCUUGGUUCCCUUUUCACAAACUUGAGGCUGCCCGGAGAGCAAGUCAUCGAGGCAGAGGAGAUAUGCGUUCACAAGAGCUUCCGCAGUGGACAGGAAAUGUACGACAUAGGUGUGAUCAAGCUGAAAGAACCUGCUAACUUCAGUCGCACGGUGCAACCAAUAUGCUUGCCUGAAACGUACGCAGAGUUACCAGACAACACGCAGCUCUACGCAGCCGGAUGGGGCAGUGGCAAAGAAUGCGAAAACUGUUCCAUGGCAAAAACGCUACAGCAGAUGACCACAACUUCAAUUGAAAAUAGCCGCUGCUUGGAUUACUUCAACAAAACCGCCGACCCGUCCAUAGUGUGUACCUACGUGAAGGAGGUCCCAUCAAUUUUUGGUGACACCGGUAGCCCACUUUUGGGUUUCUGCGCCCCGACUCACUGGGUUGUUUACGGCAUUGUUUCUGACGGACCACGACGUGACGGUUUCGAGCAUCUGCCACUCAUCGGCACUAAGGUUUCGCACUACACCCAAAACUUCAUUCACCCUUACAUAGAUGCCGUAACCACCUCGCAGGUUCAAAGGAUAUGCGCCUCUCGACGUUGAAUGGAAUGGCAUGGUCUCUUGCCUGGGCUAAGUACCCAGUAUAACAAUGAACGUAAGUGUAGAAAACGAGCUAUCUAUCCUGGGCUAAGUACCCAGUAUGACCAUGCAUGUAAGUGUAAAAAACGAACUAUACAUUCCUGCUAAACGCAGUGACCAUCCAGUAUUCAAAGCUGUUCUUUGAAUAAAACACAUACAAGAAGCAGACUACAGCUUCUAAA